UCUCCGUCUUCGUUGAUCGCCACAUCAAAAUCCAACAUCUGUUGCAGAGCCCCUCCAUUCCAUUUUGUUCCCUAACAUCCAACACAAAUGGAUUCUUGUCUUUCUAUAAAAAAUAUCCUUCUUCUGGAUUCCGAGGGGAACCGUGUUGCUGUUAAAUAUUAUUCAGACGAAUGGCUGACUAAUAGUGCUAAGGAAGCCUUUGAGAAAGCUUUGUUUUUCAAGACUCAAAAGACCAAUGCUCGCACUGAAGAGGAGAUAUCGAUGUUUGAGAAUCAUAUCAUCGUGUAUAAGUUUGUUCAAGACCCGCACUUUUUUGUUACUGGGACUGAGGGUGAAAAUGAGCUCAUUUUGGUUACUGUUCUUAAAGGCUUUUUUUAUGCAAUUGGCCUUCUUCUAAGAGGGAUUGUGGUCAAGAAAGAGGCAUUAGAGAACUUGGAUCUCAUUUUGUUAUGUCUUGAUGAGAUCCUUGAUGGCGGCAUCAUCCUAGAAACUGAUGCUAAUGCUGUUGCGGGAAAGGUUGUCAGUCAUAGUGUAGAUGCGACUGCUCCUUUAUCUGAGCAGACAAUAAGUCAAGCAUUGGCCACUGCUCGAGAACAUUUAGCAAGAUCCCUCCUUAAGUGA